AUGGGCCAGGGUGGGCUCCCAGCCCGUGUGGUGCUGGCCUGUUGCCUGCUGCUGCUGGGGGGCUCGGGGGGCCUGGGGAGCCACGGGACGCCACGGGGACCCUGGGAAGAGGAGCAGGGCUCCGUGGUGGAGGGAAAACCAUGGGGCAGGGCGAGGUAUGAAGCCGUGAAGAAGCACUUGGGAGCUGUGGGUGCUCUCUCCAAGCAGUAUUGGCAGUACCUGGCAUGCAAGGUGUGGCAAGAGGGCUGCAAAGAAGAGGAGGAGGAGGAGGAAGAGUCCAGCCCUGGCCCAGGCUGGAGCUUGCCUCUGGUGGGCCAGGAUUACCUGGAUAUCCUCUCUGCCUGGUACUGCAGCUUCGGCAAGUGCUGCAAGACAGGAGACUGCAGGAUAGUCAACAAUAUCACAGGACUGGAAGCAGACCUCAAUGGGCAGCUCCACGGGCAGCACUUGGCCAAAGAAGUUGUCGUCCGGGCAGUGCAAGAGUUCCUGCAGAGCCCGCGGCCAGAGAAGGCUCUGGUCCUCUCCUUCCAUGGCUGGUCCGGCACGGGCAAGAACUUUGUGGCCCGUCUGCUGGCCAGUCACCUGUACCGGGACGGGCUGAAGAGCACGUGCGUCAGGGUGUUCAUCUCGCUCUUCCACUUCCCCCAUCACCAGUACGUGGAGUCCUACAAGGCUCAGCUGGAGAAGCAGAUAAGUGAGACCGUGCAGCUCUGCAAGCAGUCCCUGUUCAUCUUUGACGAGGCAGAGAAGCUUCCUUUCAGCCUCCUGGAUGCCAUCAAACCUUUCAUGGCUCGCAACGACAACAGAGGCGAGGUGGAUUACCGGAGAUCCAUCUUCCUUUUCCUCAGCAAUCUUGGCGGCAACAUCAUCAAUGAGGUCGCCCUGGACUUCUGGCGAGCCGGCCGGGCGCGGGAGGAGAUCUCCAGGGAGUUCCUGGAGCAGCAGCUGCGGCUGGAGCUGCUGAAGCCUGCAGAGCACGGCUAUGCCUGCAACCACCUUCUCAAAGAGAACCUCAUUGAUUUCUUCGUGCCAUUCCUGCCCCUGGAGUACCACCACGUGAAGCUCUGCGCACGGGAUGCUUUCCUGGCCCAGGGACUUCCGUACACAGAGGCAGCCCUAGACGAGGUGGCCAGGAUGAUGGUGUUUGUCCCCAAGGAGGAGAAGCUUUUCUCUGCACAGGGCUGUAAAUCUGUAUCCCAGCGCAUCAGUUACUUCCUUCCUUGA